AUGCGAACUCUUUUGGAUUCUUUGCUUCGUAGUAAUGAUCCGGAGACUUCACUGAGUUCACUUCCUUCAGCAACUGUAGAUGUCAUUUUUGCUAUCAUUAAUGAUGUUCGAAUCUCGAUUUUGGCAGGAGAAUCACAUAAACAUAAGAAGGAUUUGAACUGUAUCGCAGAUUUUCGAAUGUUUUCGCCAAAGCUGAUUUUCCGCAAAUUGUUCGAAGAUGCUAGGACGGCCGUCGUACAACGUCAUCGUGAAAUGGUCGCUAAUCGCAAUGCUCUGGCCGGAAUAUAUCUGCUGCUAGGAGAGGAGCACCAUGCGUUGAAUUGGUACAAGCAAGCCUACAGCAUUCAUGAGCAACAAAAAGAACUUAAUCGAUUACUCGGAUUGGUAGAAGAUUUCCAAGAAGCUCCCGAAGAGUCAAAAGACGAGCCAAAAGAGCAAAAGGUUGAGGAGGAAGAGGAACAAGAUGAUAAGGAUCUUGAUGAGACCAAAAAAUGUAAACCAUUGGAGAUUGAUUCGCUACAGAUGAUUCAUAUCACCAGAAAUAUAAAGGAAUUGGCUGAAAAGCUGGAAGAUGCCAAGAAAUUUGUAGAAGCUAAUGAUAUAGCCCAAUUAGAGGAAAGGUAUCAUCAGCGAUAUGUUAGAGUUGAAUCUGCUUUGGUGACCCGUGUUAAACGAAAAUGGUGCGAGUUGGAUGCAAAAUGGAGAGAAGUUGAUGGAAAGUUUGAUGCUGGUAGAAUGUCAUACGCGAUCAUGUUAGACAAUCUAGCUGGAACACAUGCAUUCAAAGAAUUCGAGGGAACG